CAAAAUCGUUGCCACAUAAGGUGUUUAUAAAAUUUUACGUUCAGUAUUAUCUUCUUUAUUUAUUUUUUAUUGAACAACGAUAAUUUUUAAGCAAUUAAAUAUAAUGUCAAAUUUGAAUACAGAUGCAUUAGAACGCGAAGUCUAUCAGACUGCUUUCAAACAUGUAUCGAAUAUGCUUCAACGUCCAGAUCAAUUGGACAAAAUUGAGCAAUAUAAGAAACGUGCAAAACGAAAUAUUAAUUCUAAAGAAAGUAUGCUAAAAACAGCGAUGCAAACACAAUUGGAUGGAGUUAAAACUGGAUUGAUACAUUUAAAGGCUUCGGCAAAUGAUAUAAACGAAAUUAAAAACAUUAUUCGGCUUAUUGAAGAGACAUUUCCUUCGAUCCCGAUGUUAUAUGAAAAAUUGAAAUAUGUUCGCGAAGAAUCAAUGAAACAUAGUCAGUAUGCUGUGUCGAUGGAAAAUUUAAAACACAUUUUCAAUGUACCAGAAACGGUUGCGAAAACGCGUGAAAUGAUCAUGGAAAAUUAUUUGCUUGAAGCACAUCUGAAUCUUUAUGAAUUGGAAAAAUCGCGCGACAAUCUCCUGUUUCAAUUGCAUCGUCUGGCACCCACCAACAAUGCCGACAAAAAUAUGUUGAAGCAUUAUUAUGCUGAAGUUGAAAAAUUGUCUGAUGAAUUGGGAAAACAACUUUGGCUCAUCAUUCGUUUAACAUUAAACACUGUACGCAAGGAACCUUCAUUGAUCGUAACAGCUCUUCGUAUAAUCGAACGUGAAGAACUAUUAGAUGAAGCAGCAAUGAAACGAGCCGAGUCGACAGGUUUUAUGUCACAGGGACGACCAAAAAAUUGGAAAAAAAGAGUGUUCGAAAUCCUGGAAGAAGCGGUAAACGAAAGAAUUGCUGGAAAUAAAUUUCAUGAACGAUAUGAGAACAAGAUGUGGCUGGUGAUGCAUUUGGAAAUGACAAAAAAGAUCAUUUUAGAUGAUUUAAAAGUUGUUAAAUAUGCAUGUGUAUCCUGUUUUCCACCUUCUUAUGAUAUUGUUCGACGUAUGUUUCAUCUUUAUCAUCGAUGUUUGAGUGCCUACUUACAAGAAUUGGUCAGCACACUUGAAGGAAAUGAAUAUAUCACUCUUUUGAAUUGGCUCAAUGCAUAUGAAGGACCUGAUUUGCUGGGACAUCCUGAUCUUCGUUUCUCAUUAAAAGAUGAUUGCCUGCCUCCCUUGCUUUCCGAUGAAAUUAUCGAAGAUGUUAUGACCAAAUAUUUGUUGACUGUCGAGAAAAACUAUAAGGAAUGGUUAGCCAAUACCAUUCGGCACGAGUCAAAAGAUUGGCAUACAAAUCACCAUCCAGAAGCUGAUAAUUCCGGUCAUUAUCAAACAACAACACCUGUUAUUGUAUUUCAAAUGAUCGAUCAACAUUUACAAGUCGCCAGUACAGUCAGUAUGGACCUAGUUAAUCGAGUUCUACUUUUAUCAAUGAAACAUUUAACAGAAUUCGCUAAACAAUAUCAAGAGACAGUUAACAAAUAUGCUAAAAGUCAUUUCGCUGAACGAACACAAAAUUUCACUCCAAACAUGAUUGCCAUUUCUAAUAAUUGUUCCAGUUUGAUGGAUAAUGCCUUGAAAUUCCAGAAAGAAUAUCGUAAAGAUGAUCUUGAUCAAUUGAAAAUGGAUAAUGCUUUCAGCGAUAUGAUCAAAUCCUUUGAAAAGCUAAAAGAAGACAGCAUAGGAUAUUUGAUCAAGGAAAUCUUAUUAGAUGUUGAUCGUGAAAUCAACAAAGUUGGCAGUAUUGAAUGGUUGGAAGGAACCGUUUCGGUAAUCGAUAAUGUUCGUCUUACUCUUGAAGAUUAUCUACCUGAUUAUGCCUACUUGAAAGAUGCUAAUUCGGAUGCACUCAAACUACAAUUGCAAAAAAGCCUAGCAAAAUCUUACAUUUCAUCUAUUCUUUCGAAUUCAAAACGAACUCUAUUAAAAAGCCAGAGUAAACGAGAUGAUUUUGCCAUGAAAUGUAUAGAGGAGGCUAGAACAAUUGAUGCAACGAUUGAAAAAUUACCAACAAAAAUAGCAUCGAAUAUUGGAGUAGAAAGUCCAUUCAAAGUUGUCCCAAUGUUAAUGGAAUUUCUCAAACUAAACGAUCUAUCCAUGCUAUAUCUCGAAAUAUCGAGUUUUAUGAAACACUAUCCAGACAUUAAAGUCGAUCAUUUUGUGGCAUUGUUAAGUCUACGUGAAGAUAUCAGAGCCAUUGUACGAAAGAAAGUUUCCGAAUCAAUGCCACCGGACACGGAAAUUGAUAAAAAUAUCAGAACAAUAUUUUCUGAAAUAAUUCUUAAUUAACCAAUAAUUAUUUAAAAAAUUUUAUUGUUAUGUGAUAAAAAUAAAUUUUUAAGUUUCUGUUUCA